AUGGCUCAAGCCGCGACGCCGGCAGGCUACGCACAGUGGUCAUACUGGAUUACUUCUGACCAAGAUGACGAAGGCCUUGUCUUUCGCAGGUUCGAUAAGCUUGCAGCCUUCAACCUCCUGUAUCUUCAGAGCGAGAUGAUGGAGAUCGAGGAACGUCUGGCUACGAUGAACCGAGAGUCUACCGGGCGCCUGAGUCCGGAUGCAAUAGCGGAGACGUUCAGCUUGGAGGCCUUGGUCGCGCAUUGCCAGCCGAAUCACCCUCGACAGCCAGACGCGAAGGAGAGAAUGGACCUCAUACUUGAACUAAGGCUAAAGAUCAAGGAAUACCAUGAAGCUCUCCUCCUGCGAAGUCGCUUAGCGCAGCUAGGACGCCCAAACACCAGAGUGGUCGGGACCCUGAGUGACAUGAUGCGACAGGGCGGUGUCUACAAGAUUCAGGGUAAGGCGAGACACUAUCUGGAAGCCGAAAACGAUCUCGUGGCCCUGGGUCCUGCAAGCCACGAAGACUACCUCUCGCAGUUCCUGAGGAAACGGCUGGCGCGUGCCGAGACGGGCUUGGACCCUGAAAAGCCGCGAAUAGCACGGUUUGAAGAGGCCAUGGUCACCACGAUUCUAAACGCAAUCACUAUCGCUGUGGCCACUACCUUUCUCGUCGGACCGAUCAUUAUAUUGUAUCUGGUGCAGACACCUUGGAUCAAACUCCUGCUGGUCACCUUGUUCACUCUCGGAUUCGCCGCAAGCGUUGCCGUCAUCACGAAGGCAAGGAGACCGGAGAUAUUCGUCGGUACAGCGACGUGGGUUCAUCUUCACUUCAUCGGGGCAUGA